GGGCCCGGGGGAACCGCGGCGCUCCCGCUGCCGCUGCUGCUGCCGCCGCGGCGGCACCUCUCGUCGCGGAACCGUCCCGAGGGCAAAGUGCUGGAGACUGUGGGGGUGUUUGARGCCCCGAAGCAGCACGGCAAAUACGAGACAGGCCAGCUCUUCCUUCACAGUGUGUUUGGCUAUCGAGGAAUAGUCCUGUUUCCCUGGCAAGCCAGGCUUUAUGAUCGGGAUGUGGCUUCUCCUGUCACAGAAAAGAGCGAGAAUGUGGCAGGCCAUGGUUCCAAAGAGGUCAAGGGCAAAACACACACUUACUACCAGGUGUUAAUAGAUGCCCGGGAUUGUCCACAUAUAUCCCAGAGAUCACAGACGGAAGCAGUGACGUUCCUGGCAAACCAUGAUGACAGCAGAGCCCUCUAUGCCAUCCCAGGUUUAGACUAUGUAAGCCAUGAAGACAUCCUUCCCUACAGCUCCACUGAUCAAGUGCCCAUCCAGCAUGAGCUCUUUGAGAGGUUCCUCAUGUACGACCAAACAAAAGUCCCACCUUUUGUAGCAAGGGAUACUCUGUGUGCGUGGCAGGAGAAGAACCACCCCUGGCUGGAGCUCUCGGAUGUGCACCGAGAAACCACGGAGAACAUCCGUGUCACAGUCAUCCCUUUCUACAUGGGCAUGAGGGAAGCCCAGAAUUCCCAUGUCUACUGGUGGCGCUACUGUAUUCGYUUGGAGAACCUGGACAGUGAAGUGGUGCAGCUCCGAGAACGGCACUGGAGGAUAUUCAGCUUGUCUGGCACCUUGGAAACAGUCCGGGGCCGUGGSGUUGUAGGAAGGGAGCCAGUUUUGUCCAAAGAACAGCCAGCAUUUCAGUACAGCAGCCAUGUCUCCCUGCAGGCAUCCAGUGGUCACAUGUGGGGCACUUUUCGAUUUGAGAGGCCUGAUGGCUCCCACUUUGAUGUCCGAAUCCCACCCUUUUCCCUGGAAAGCAACAAAGAUGAGAAGACCCCUCCCUCCGGCCUUCACUGGUAGAUCAGAGUGCCCAGACCCACGGAGGCCUGUGUGUGUUGUAGACCUUUGCCUCCCCUUUAUGCUGCAGCCAAGAACACGGAGCUUUUAAACAUUUUAAACCAUUUUUGUUUUAA